GCCGCUUCGCGGGCCGCGGGCGCCGGAGACCAGGCAACCUCGCUGCCCCCGCCCAGGAUGCAGCGCAGGAAGAGGAACGCGGGCAGCAGCUCGGAUGGGACGGAGGACUCGGAUUUCUCCACGGAUCCCGAGCACACGGACAGCUCCGAGAGCGAUGGCACCUCCCGGAGAUCUGCCCGUGUCACCCGCUCCUCGGCCAGGCUCAGCCAGAGCUCCCAGGACUCCAGCCCGGUGCGGAACGCUCCGUCCCUGGGCUCGGAUGAGCCGGUGUACUCCACACGGAGGGUGACCCGCAGCCAGCAGCAGCCAGCUCCUGUCACCCCCAAGAAGUACCCGCUGCGCCAGACGCGCUCCUCGGGCUCCGAGACCGAGCAGGCCGUGGAUUUCUCAGACAGAGACACCAAAAACGCUGCGGAUCACGACGAGUCCCCUCCCCGCACCCCCACGGGCAACGCGCCCUCCUCAGAGUCUGACAUCGACAUCUCCAGCCCCAACGUGUCCCACGACGAGAGCCUGGCCAAGGACAUGUCCCUCAAGGACUCGGGCAGUGACCUGUCCCACAGACCCAAGCGCCGCCGCUUCCACGAGAGCUACAACUUCAACAUGAAGUGUCCCACUCCUGGCUGUAACUCCCUGGGACACCUGACUGGGAAGCACGAGCGCCACUUCUCCAUCUCGGGGUGCCCUCUGUACCACAACCUUUCAGCAGACGAGUGCAAGGUACGAGCUCAGAGCCGGGACAAGCAGAUUGAGGAGCGGAUGUUGGCCCACAGGCAGGAUGACAACAACAGGCACGCCACCAGGCACCAGGCCCCCACAGAGAGGCAGCUGCGGUACAAAGAGAAGGUGGCUGAGCUCAGGAAGAAGAGGAACUCGGGGCUGAGCAAGGAGCAGAAGGAGAAAUACAUGGAGCACAGGCAAACCUAUGGCAACACCAGGGAGCCUCUGCUGGAGAACCUGACCAGCGAGUACGACCUGGAGCUGUUCAGGAGGGCCCAGGCACGCGCCUCUGAGGACCUGGAGAAGCUGAGGCUGCAGGGGCAGAUCACCGAGGGCAGUAACAUGAUCAAGACGAUCGCGUUCGGGCGCUACGAGCUGGACACGUGGUACCACUCCCCGUACCCCGAGGAGUACGCGCGCCUCGGGCGCCUCUACAUGUGCGAGUUCUGCCUCAAGUACAUGAAGAGCCAGACCAUCCUGCGCAGGCACAUGGCCAAGUGUGUCUGGAAGCACCCCCCGGGGGACGAGAUCUACCGCAAGGGCUCCAUCUCUGUCUUCGAGGUGGAUGGCAAGAAGAACAAGAUCUACUGCCAGAACCUGUGUCUGCUGGCAAAGCUUUUCCUGGACCACAAAACCCUUUAUUAUGAUGUGGAGCCCUUCCUGUUCUAUGUCAUGACAGAGGCUGACAACACUGGCUGCCACCUGAUCGGGUAUUUCUCCAAGGAGAAGAAUUCCUUCCUCAACUACAACGUGUCCUGCAUCCUGACCAUGCCCCAGUACAUGAGACAAGGCUAUGGCAAAAUGCUCAUCGACUUCAGUUAUUUGCUGUCUAAAGUAGAAGAAAAAGUUGGCUCCCCAGAACGUCCCCUGUCUGACCUGGGCCUGAUCAGCUACAGGAGCUACUGGAAGGAAGUUCUGCUGCGGUACCUGCACAACUUCCAGGGCAAGGAGAUCUCCAUCAAAGAGAUCAGCCAGGAGACUGCAGUGAACCCCGUGGACAUCGUGAGCACCCUGCAGGCCCUGCAGAUGCUCAAGUACUGGAAGGGCAAACACCUGGUCCUCAAGAGACAGGACCUGAUCGACGAGUGGAUCGCCAAGGAGGCCAAGAGGUCCAACAGCAACAAGACCAUGGACCCCAGCUGCCUCAAGUGGACCCCUCCCAAGGGCACCUAGGUGUCCCCAGCAGUGUCCCCAGCAGAGAAGCACCGUAGGGAUCAGUGUCGUGCCGUUGGCUGCUGCAGUGUCCCCAGGGCAGGUCACCCCCGGGCUGGCCUGGCCUGGCCCCGUGUCCCCACAGUUCUGAGGAACUCGGAUGUCUCGGCCUCAGUGAGGCCGCCAGGACUGGAAGUGUGUCAGAGCCCCAGGAAGCUGAGGAGCUCUGAUUGCUGGGCCUGUCCCUGUCCCUGCUGUCCUGCUCUGUCCCCGUGUCCCUCCUGCAGCUUCCCUGAGCUCUGGGCUCACCCCUGGCUCUGCUGUGGGGCAGCCCCAGCGCUGCAGGGACAGCGACAUCGGAGCUGCUCCCGUCCUGUUCCGUGUCUGAAAUAGCUUCACUUGGGAUCAUUUCCCCCUCUUCCAGCAGUUCUCUGUAGGAUCCAGCAGAUCUUCACUUAGUCCCUGUUGCACAGCCAGAAUUGCACCUGAGGGAGUUCCCUGGGUGUUCCUGUCACCCCCUCCUGGAGCCACCACAGCCCUGCUGGAAGCACCUCUGGAUUAGAAUUCCCAUUUUUCCUGAUGUGUAUCUCGUGGAAUUGCUGAGUUUCUGUACAUAAACAACCUGCUGAGUGUAUUCCCCUGCAGAUGUUUUUCCCAGAGCAGCCUUCCUGGAAUUGCAGGUUCCUUUUUAGUGGAGUUUUUUUUUGGUUUUUUUUUUUUUUUUUUUUCCCCCUCCAGGCUGAAAGAAUCCAAACUUUGGCCUUUCCCAAAGAGUCACAGGACCUCCCAGCACCAGUUCCAGUUGUUGGGCUGCUGGGCUCCAGGGACGGUUGGAUUCCCUGAAAGAUAAAAAAAAAAAAGAAAAAAAUUCUGAUUCCUCCCUCUCAUCAGCAGAAAUAUCCUGGAAUGGCCUCCCAGUAGUAAAAGCACUGUCCUCGUGUCACCCGUGCCUGGGUGGCUCCAGUGUCACUGACAGAGGGGACGGCCCUGGCAAGGGGCUGAUGCCAUCCCAGGGCUGGAUCCAGUGCUCCCAGUUGUGAUCCCAGUGAUUCCAGCACUGAUUUCCUCAAUCCCAGCACUGAUUUCAGUGAUCCCUCCCAGAAGAGGCUGGGAAGUGAAGCACUCCUGGGAAGGUGGGAGCCAUUCCCAUUAACCCCAUCCUGACUGGAAAAGUUUCCUCCUGCUCCUUUGGUUCCCCUCCUUUCUCCUGGAACCCCCCAACCACCCCCAGCCCCUCCGUGCUCGGUGUGGAACCUCGUGGGCAUUACUGACUCCUGCUGUGCCUGCUCCUGCCUCAUCCCCUGCUGCAGAUCCCGGGAAUGCCCCGGGAAUGUCCCAGGGGGAGCGUUCCCUGCUCCCUGUUCCCAGCCUGCUGGGAUGUGCUGCUCCCGUCCCCACUCCUCAAUAAAAGCAUGUU